CCAUACAGCAAAACUACUCCCAUGACUGACUCCGAGCUCAUACAUAUUAUAAUUAUUUGUUUAUGUCGCCAUUUUCACACAUACAGCUAGGGAUAGGGAGAUGAAAGUGUUUCGUUAUCAAGGAUUGGUUACGUUGUAAACAGAAGUGAACACUUUACACAAUGAAGCCAAAGAUAGCAGUUAUAGGAGCAGGAGUGGUAGGCCUGUCGACCGCCAUCAACAUCGAAACUAUAAUACCAGGAUGCGACAUUACCAUCAUAGCUGACAGAUUUGAAGCCGACACCACAAGUAUAGGAGCCGGUGGUAUCUUUAGACCAACAGAGAAGGCAAUACCGGGCGUACCUGCCGACACUAUUAGGCGAUGGUCUCAGGACUCGUGGGAUUUCUUCUCCAAGCUUGCACUAUCUGAUCUAGGUAGUACGACGGGCCACACCGUAAUGCCAGGUUACAUAUUUAGCCAAGAGAAGAUAGAGAAUCCUAUCUAUGAAGACAUCAUAUUUAGCUGUAGAGAGCUCUCUCAAAAGGAGCUUGCAAAACUGAACAUGUCACAGUACAGACACGGCUACCAGUUAACGAGUAUAAUAGUACAGAUGUCGAAAUACCUGCCCUGGUUAAUGGAAAAAUUUGUAAGGAAUGGUGGGAAGAUACUGAAAAGGAAAGUCAACGAUUUGAAGGAGUUCCAGGGAGGUCCAUAUGAUGUCGUCGUCAAUUGUACAGGGCUAGGAAGUCAGGAGCUUGUGAACGACAAAAUUAUACACCCAGUCCGUGGGCAGCUUAUCAGGUUGGAAGCUCCAUGGAUAAACUUCUGGAUAUACACGGACCAUGGUGCAUACGUUUUACCCAACGCUGAGUAUGUGGCGAUAGGAGGAGUUAGACAGGAAGGCAGGUCAGAUCUAGCGGUGGACGCAGAGGACCGGAAGGGAAUCCUAGAACGGUGCUACGACAUGUGGCCGCCACUGAAGGGUGGUAAAAUUAUUGGCGAAUGGGUAGGGUUAAGGCCCACUCGAAAACCGCUGAGACUAGAAAAGGAAUCAAUACGUCUACCGGGUGGUAUUCUCAAGGUUGUCCAUAACUAUGGUCACGGAGCUCACGGUAUAACAUUAAGUUGGGGUACCGGUAAAGAAGCUGCCAGACUAGUCAAAGAGAUGAUAUACGGAUCCGUUCAUGCUAAACUCUGAAAGAAAAUUAAAGUGUCCAUAGGAAUAAUACAGACUGUGUAGUUACCGGAAAUGCUCACUGCUGUUGAACUUUGCCCUUUUUCAAACCCUCGUAAUGAGGGGAAAUGUGUAAUGACACUGAUGAACGCGUGUUCUGUAAAUAAAAAAUAUAUAGAUAUUU